AUGCGACACUGGGGUGCAGGGAGUUUAAAACCAACUUUCCUGUGGAGCAAUUCUGAGCUGGUCAAACAUUUUUCCCUGGGGAAGUUGACGCAGACCCAGCGCAGUGGUGCUGUUCGCCUUGCAGAGCCCUACAUCGACCGCUUUGGCAAAGCCCGUGCAACUGGCAAUCGAAAGCGGCUGAAGAAAUCUCAGACCUACACGGCACCCUUUGGUGAUAAAGUUGCAGAACUCUUGGAGUCGAUGCCAAGUGGAACUCGCCCUCUACGAAACCCACAGGCUUUUGGUGGAGCGUCUGUGCCAACCCUCCUGGCUGCCAUGACCAGUUCUGAUUUGUGGGGCUUGGCAGAUAUGGACUCGGUGGUCUGGCCCCAAAUGAUGCCCAAUCCUCGUCAUCUUCAAGCCGAGCAGGUGAAGCCUGAACAAGAACCAGACUGGAGUGAUGCUUUCUCACCGGAGACGAGCGCAUUGUUGAAGGGUCUUGGUGACUCCCCGGAAAGCUUACAGCUGAAAGCUUCGUAUUUGCAAAGCUUCAACCAGCUUCGCAGAGGAUUCUCAAGUGGCUCUGCAGGUGGUGCUGUGACGCCUGCUGAUGUUCCAAUCCCUUCAGUUGAGCCUCCAGUGAUGACCAACCCUCCCAGUCCAAAAGCCAGUCCUGCGCUUUCCAGUCCAGAGCCUGUGGCAGUGAAGCCGGAAGUGUCAGUGGAUGCACUUCAAGCAGAUGCGUUGGAGAAACUUAAGUGUCACAUGAGAAACUUAGAAGACCAAAUGAUGGCAGAACUUGAACAGAAGAAACGGCAAGCUGAACAGGACCUUGAAACCCACAUGGCUGUGAAACGAAAACGGCUUCAAGAGCAAGUUGACGUUUUGGCAGAGGAGCGCUCAGAGCAGGAGUGCAGGUUGGCUCUAGUCUCUGAACAGCUUCAGGAGAAAAUGCAAUGUCUUUCAGAAGAGCAAACGACACUAGAUGAACUCAAAGAGAAGAGCAGGAUGAUGCAAGAGCAACUCAGCAGCAUGCCUGUAACGCCAAGGACAGAGGAUGGACAGCAUCGAAAAACACAACACAAAGAAGCCUUGAAGUUGAAACUCCAGGCAGCCGCACUCAAGACACCAGAGAACUCCACGCAGAGCCCUGCUAGUGUGCACUCACAGCAGUCACAGCAGCCUCCCCCAAGCAAGCAAUCCACUCCGACUGGUGGCCCUAGUGAUGGUAGUAGCCCACCCCCUGAUGCCCUCGUCCUGGUUCCAACAUCGUCCCAGCGAUUCACAAGCAGCACACACCCAGAAGCAUGGCAGUACUUGUACCGGCUUACCAAAAGCAAAGACAAAUGUGAUGAAGAGAUCUACAAAGCCUGGCAUGAAGGUGGCCCAAAGCGAGACAAGUUGCUGAAGGAUUUCGUUUGCCGCUGCUUCAACCCAGCUGAUGAUGCGAACCGGAACAAAGCAAAGCUCUCUGCCUUGUACAAGCUCAGACAGAAGACCCGCCAGUGGCAGAAGAACUUGAAGGGAUAUGCUUGGCAUACGGAAGAAGAGAUGGAUACUAUCUUGAAAUGGCCCAAGCCCAAGAUAGAAGGUGCAAUCAAGCUCUGCACGAAGCGCAAGAUGACGAAGAAGUACGUCUAUGACUCCAACACCACCAAGUACCUCGUCCUUACCCGAGAUGAAGUCGAACAAGGAGAUGAGAAGCUGAAGGAACUCGAAGCAGAGCUUCAGGAGAUGGGGCUUUAUGACUCAGAGUUCUCUCUUGGGGACAUCAUGGAGGAGCAGGAGGAUGAUGUCAAGACCCCUGAACCUACCCGAAAAAAACUUCCAGAGUUUCCUGCUGUUGAGGGGGAGGAGACUGUCGUAGAAUACGUUGGACAAUAUAAGCGGCAAUGCCUUAACAAGAAGGCACUUUUGAAAUCCACCAAAGAGAGGUUGGACAAGGACAAAGCUGUGGGACAUGAGAACCUUUCCCGCAAUACGGACACAAGUUAUGACAUGUGA